UGCGGGCAGUGGGUCCGCCUGUCCGGGCUGUUCUGAGAGGUCACAGAGCCUUUGACCACGGUUGUUCACGAGGGCAGUGCACUUACAUUUUUCACAUACUGCUUCUGGUUCCGACUCUUUUUCUCCCGAGAUAAGCUGGGCUCAGCCGCUGGGUGGUGAGAGAGGGGACAGAGGGGAGGGCGGCCCCAGCAGGCUGAGAGCUAAAUAGACACGGGCCGGAGCCGCCCUAUAAAUAGCCCCGUGCUGUCAGCCUGUGUGGCAACUGGAGACGGAGGGUGUGGGGUAUUUUCGGCCUGAUCCGCGCAGGGUUAUCAGCCCGUGGCCGCCCCACCAGUCCUCUAGUCUGGUCAGAGGACUCCGGCUGGGCGAACGGACAGUCGGAGGGACACGGCCCGGAGGGACGCUGCCCGUGCGGCUGCUCUCCCCCGCACCAUGGCUCAGAUCGUGCGCAGGCACCUCAUAGAGACCCCGGUGCGCUACCAGGAGCAGUUCGAGGCGCGGGGGCUGGAGGACUGCAGGCUGGACCACGCCCUGUUCGCGCUGCCCGGGCCCACCACCGUGGACCUGGGGAGGGCCGGCGCGGCCCGGGCUCCGGCGGGGGACGCCGCAGCGGAGGCGCCAGCCCGGGGAGGCCGGGCGCGCUUCCAGGUCCUGCUGGACGUGGUGCAGUUCCUCCCCGAGGACAUCAUCAUCCAGACCUUCGAGGGCUGGCUGCUGGUCAAGGCGCAGCACGGCACCCGGAUGGACGAGCACGGCUUCGUCUCCAGGAGCUUCACCCGGCAGUACCGGCUGCCCGAGGGCGUCCAGACCGGGGACCUGUCGGCCCUCCUCUGCCACGACGGCAUCCUGGUGGUGGAGGUGAGGGGCCCGGCGGGGACCGAGUGACCGAGUGGCCGCUCGCCGGCCGUGCUCACGGGGCGCGAGGACAGUCUGGGGUCGGCCGGAGAAGGUACUGCGGGGGUGUUUGUGGGACCCACGCCAGAAAUGCUUCCCAGGAAGGUUACGGAUGGAGACUUGGUCCCCAGCUCGUUGAACUUGUCUUUGUUCCCUGAACGAGAGAGGACGCUCAUUCACUGUGUCCCCAGCGCACAGAGUGACGCCCUUCUUGCCCUGGACACGCAGGCGGUUGUGGGGACUUGUUUGGUCCUAGUGAGGACUCAGGACUGUCUCGUCAUCACAGCAGCCAGGCUGAGGAAGCUGCCUUGGUCAUGCCGCCGGGUGGCAGAGGGCCGGCUGAUGUCAGGAGUGCUCGUCCGCUCUGUGAUAGUCUCUGCAUUGCUAAAA